AGCUUAAGUGAGAUUGUAAUACAAAUGGGUUUACGGUUAAACGGUGACUUGGUCGUGUUCUGUAUAUGUGUUGAUACAGGGAUACAAUUGGAGUAUUAACGGGAUUACCGGACCGACUACACUGGAGUUAUUGUGAUCAGGAAACUAUUAGUGUGAUCGGGGUGAAGGGUUAGUAUUUACAGUUAUUUUCCCUGUUGUUUGCACCGUCCAUACUGAGCAUCUAGACAUAGCAGGUGCCCCGGGCCAACAACAGCAAGGCUGCACAGUUAUCUACUAGGAAAUACAACAGCCAGGAAAUGAACUGUCCACAAAAAGUGUUUAAACUUUGAAGACAAAGAAGUCGACUGAUUUCAACUGUCGACAUUAGCAGGGACACCCAGGUAGACUUAUGGUUUCAUCGUAAGGUCUUUGAAUUCUGUUCCACUUUGAAGUAGUUGCUUCUGGAAAACAAACAGACCUUAUACAGUUGUAGCCUGUUCCAGAAUGCCCAGUCUACAUGAUUGAAAGAAACCAACCAUAUAUAAAGAUCAAGGUACAUGUAGACUCCUGGUAGUUGAGGUGUGAGAGGUAUAUUGGUGCUCUAACAAUAUGCAAUACAACAUGGAGAAGGCCAUCAUAAGGAAACUGUUACACUUAAUGGCAGGGUUAGCCCUUGCUGGUACAGUCUACUGCCAGCAGGGGUUUGUGGUACAGCCUGAAGACCAGCAGGUGAAACAGGGAGAUACAGUCAUCAUGAAAUGUAAGGUGGAGAACAGAGAGGGGCAGGUCCAGUGGACCAGAGGGGGGUUUGGACUGGGCACUGACCGCUCACUUAUAGGGUUUGAGAGAUACUCUAUGCUGGGAGAUGAAAACAAUGGUGUCUAUGACCUAAUGAUAGUGGAAGCAGAACUCCAGGAUGAUGACGUAUACCAGUGUCAGAUAGGGGCCACACAUACCACGCCAGGGGUCAGGAGUAGAAGUGCACAGUUAACAGUUCUCUUACCUCCCAAUUUCCCUAUAAUCUACGGCAGCCCUGUAGUCAAUGUAGAGGAGGGUCAGCCUUACAAUUUGACAUGUAGAGCAAACAACGGCAAGCCAGCUCCCACGCUGAAGUGGUUUGUAGAAGGCGCAGAAGUCACUGAUAAUGUCUCUUAUGAAGCAAUAACCCAGGCAGAUGGGAAGAGACAAGAUGCAAUAAGCUACCUGACCAUCACCCCGUCCAAGACUGACCAGGGGAAGAGGUACUCCUGCCAGGCUAUGAAUGCUUUCCUUACUGACCCCUUGACCACCUCGGCCAGUCUGGAAGUGUUAUAUGCCCCAGAAGUCACAAUAACUGCUAGUCCCAAGUUAGGUGUAAAAGAAGGAGAAUCUAUACAGUUUUCAUGUGAAGGAAGGGGCAACCCCAACAACAUCACCUGGAAAUGGUACAGAAACAAUGAGGAGAUAGGUGAUGCUGACAGUAAAUAUCUUAGAGUGGACUCGCUAACAGCUGACCAUGAUGGCAAUAUUAUAACAUGUGAAGCCAUCAACAGUGUUGGAAGCACCAAGAAAAAUUAUCAGAUGGCUGUAGAAUAUGGCCCCAGGUUCACAGUACCUAUCAAACAUGCUGCAGCACAGCUUGGAGAGACGGCCACCCUGACUUGUAAGACAAAGGGGAACCCUACUCCGCGAGUAGUCUGGAAGAAAAAGGGGUCGCAGCGUAUCCUCAGCAGCUCGGACACACUGACCAUUUCCAGAGUGACCGAAAGUGACCUGGGCAUUUAUAUAUGUUACUCUAAUGUCAUUGGAUUCUCUGAGAUUAAUAGGGAAUUGCAUUUAUUGAAGAAAGGACCCCCUAAGGUGAUCAGUAAUGAAGAGCAAUACGCCAAGGAGGGAGAUAUAGCCACAUUAGAGUGCCUGACUGAGUCAGUGCCCAAACCUGACCAGAUAAGAUGGGCCAGGCAGGAGCAGGACUUGCUGCAGUUUGGAGACAGUGCAAGAUACAAAGUAGAAGAGGAAGACCUUCCAACUGGCAGAAAAAGCAUACUAACCAUAGUGAAUGUCCAUUCUGGAGACUAUGGAGACUACAACUGCAGUGUCAAAAACACCUAUGGCACUGAUGCCUUGGUUAUCAAGCUCAAACAAAAAGAUGCUAUCCCCCUUGCUUUUGUGAUGGGAGGUGUGUUUGGUGGACUGGGACUAAUCCUCAUCAUAGCCAUCAUCAUCUUUAUAUAUCAGAGGACCAAGAGCAGAGAAGAAGUCAUACCUACAAUUGAAAUAGAAGCGUCAACAUCUGAUACUGAUUCUGCUGACUCAGCCACAAAGAAGCCAGAAAUUAAAGUGGAGUACAAGAACCCAGACUACAACGGUCCCCUGGAACCCUGGCGCAAUGACUACAACAAAGACCACUACAGCAGAUAUUCAGCAGAGUAUGACGAGCUCAAUGUGAACUAUAAGCCCAAUGGCAGGCCGUAUCCCAAUGGCUAUGGUUUCCCUCCUACCUAUCCUGAAGCAUACAAAUACCUGGAUGAUGUGGACAAGGGGGCAGGACACCCCUACGAUAGGUUGGGGUCAUAUGACUCUGGGUUUGAGCCAGAUUACCACCCCCGAAACCCUGCCUAUGGCAGACCACCACCCCCUCACUCCAUGGAUCCUCGGAAUUACCCAGAGGAACUUUACCCCGAGGGGACCAUAUCAAGGCUAUCAACCAAUGUAUAACACAGGCAGGGAGGAGGAUUCAGGGGACAUAUCAUAGUUGUGUAUUGCUAUUUUAGCCAAGAACUGGUGUUCAGACAGCACGUUCAUAAGGAAAGAAGAAACUGUACACAUUGGCAAUAUAUAUUAAAAUGGGCCUUUAUCAACAAAAGGAGCCGCAAAGGAUUGUUUAUAACAGGCUUUGUUGAUUGUGGAGUGGUUGCCAUGUUUCUGUCUUUUAUAUAACAUACUAGGACUAAAAAAGCAUGAAAGUGGAACCUAAGUUACAGCUGUUUGUAAUGUUUACAUUUCCAGUGGACACCAAUCAGAAAGCAAUACUAACAAUCAAAAUGUUGCUUAUUUGAAUACUGCAGGACCAGUCCAUUAGAUAUAGAAGUAGAGAACUAGUCUCAGCAAGAGAGCUGAUAGUGGUAAUUGCCAUGGGGAUGGAGCCAAACCAUGACAAAAUGCUCAAAGUCAAAACAAGGUCGUUCUGACCUAAAUACUGAAUUAGGUCAUGCUGACCAGUUAACUAAACGAUUAGAUGCUUCAGAGAAAUCAGAUCAUGCCUGUCUUGAAACAAAAUCAGGUCAGGUGGCCUAUUUACAGAAGCCAGUUAUGUUCAAGACAAAGGGAAAAAAGUGUGGUCACUGUUUGAGGUAAGCAUGUGUGUGUUUGGAGGAACUCUGAUCUAGUUCAGAAACCAGUGGAGUGAUAUCAACAAACCCUGAUGAAAGAAUUAAGAAAAGACAAAGAAAAGAACACUGUCGUACAGUGAGGAAAAGCAUUUGAAGGUUGUUGAUUCAUGGGUCUUAUGAAGACACAGUUUGUGGUUGAAAUAAAAUGACUCCACAAAAUGAAGUGAUGCUCUGGCAUUGUGGGUUAUGUUUACAGCAGUUAUCUUGAAAACUGCUGCUUUGAUAUUUUUUUCUGAUGGACUCUGAAUGAAAGGGAUAUAAUAUUCCAAAGACUCAACUGGCAGAAUACAUCCACAAGAUGUUGAAAGUUUUUUUAAAGAUACAAUCCAAUAUACUGAUAUGGUUGUAUGAGCUCAGUUUAUAAUCUUAUGUUUCUAUGAUAUGUACGAAAAUGGAAGUUCCAUGUGCCAAAUAUAUUAUAUAAAAUUGUACAUCAUAAAGGAGUGCUGCAUGACACAGAGUCGCAUUGUAGAUCUCAGACCAAGCUGUAAAUAACACAUAAACUGCAUUGUAAUAGUAGGUUGAAAACACAGCACCUUGUAUAGAUAGAUUUGGGCAAUUUCUUUUUUGGGAAAGAAAAAAAGUGCAAGAAUUAUAGUCUGCUUAUUACUUUGUGUAAAAGUAAAUUGUCUGAAGUUGAGCUCUAAAAUUUAUGUGUCAGUAGUUACGUUGUAGAUUGAACAUGAAGUGCCUUACAGGAUAAAAGUUUACAGAUUACUAGUCUGGUGUCUGUCUCAUUAAUGUAGGAGCAACAAAUCAGCUGAAGGAUAAAUUCUGUUAUUUGCAUUACUGUCAUUAUUUCUUCUUAAUUCCAUCUUGGUAGUAUUUAUAAAAUCAUCAGCUUUGAAUUUCAUAAGUGCAUGUAGCUGUACAAAGUCAUAGGGGCACACUGACAUGCCACACAUUCACUACGUAGUGGUGCACAUUUUGUGAUGUAUUUUUAUGUAUUUUUUUUUCUAACUUUAAAUUUUGUUUCUUUGUAUUAUUUUGAUGUAUAUAUAUUAUACCAGAAGUAUCCAUGACAUUGUGUUAGGUGAAGUUCCACUGCGUUAGUUGGGAACUCAAAAUGUGUUGGAUAAUAGCUCAGUUGUGUUUGGUGAGCAGGUUAUGGCAAAAUAUUACAUUUCUGCAGUCAUUGUUUUCCUUAGAAAUAUGUUUCUUCCUGAAUAUGAAUCAGUUCAUUUCUAUCAUAAGAUUAAAGGAUCUCGAAAAAGUCUUCAACAAAUUCUCAUUCUGUGGUAAAGAUACUUAGCUUUUCCAAGUAAGGUUAAUAAUAUUUUUCUCCUAUUUUAAUUCCACAAAAUAAUCAUCACUGUGGCUGUUUUUGGUGCCUUGUGUUAAUUGGUGUAUUGUAUUCCGUCCAAAAAAAGAUCAGCUGCCCUAAACAUAUGUCGUUCUGAAUUCCAGUUGAUAGUAUCAACCACGUAGCACGAAGCGUUUCAUCUCAGUCAACUAUUUAUUUCCGCCUUCACUUGCUUAUUUGGAGCAGGAAACUAACAGUUUUGACAAGUUCAAAUGGUCCUGGAUACUGAAACUUUUUUCUUUCAUCUGGAGUUGGCCCUGUCUUUAGACACAGAAAAUACAGUGGUCUAGAUAUCGUUUUGAAACAUGGAUCUAAUAAAAUCUGGACUGUCUGUCUCAACUUAAUACAGUAUGAUUACCCCAAUAGCGUUUGUUAUGAUUGCUUAAAUUACUGCUGUUAUCCGUCAUUUAAAUCAUUUUGUUGCAAUUUUGAGUUAUGCAUGUGUAUGUACUGUUUUUAAUUAUAGCAAUAGUCCUCAUUAAUUCAUGAAAAAGGUCGUCUGUAAACCACGUUUGUAUCUAGAACCUAUAUAGCAACCAGCUAUGACAGAAUUGUAAAGCAGAAUAUAUGUGCAAUGUAUGUACAAAGUAUUACAAUAAAGUUACUGCU